AUGAAGGGCGGGCAAAUCAGCCUGAAAGCUUUAUCAGCAGCAACUUUCCAGCUAUUGCUCACAACAUUCAAAACUUAUAUUGAAGACAUCCUGGGACUACAGGCGCUGCAGACGGAGCAAAGUGAUACGCUGGACAAGGUAAUGAGCCUGCUGAUAGAUAUCCGUAAAGAUGCACGUACCCGUAAGGAUUUUGCCACAAGCGACCAGAUACGUAACCAGCUUGCCGCUGCGGGCAUUGCACUUAAAGAUGAGAAGGACGGCAGCGUAUCCCUGCUGGCCACUUUGUUUAGCACCUUGAUGGUGGCCAUGCUGGGCCCGGUACUCCAGGUACUGUUCAGUGACGGCGCUACCACACCGGCUAAGCCAUCGGCCCCGGCCACUGGCUUUAUUAACCAGUCGACCGCCUAUAUUAAUGAGCAGCUGCUGCAGUAUGACAAGCUGGAUGUAUUGAUGGGCAUUUGCCUGACGCUGAUUGUAGUGACGGUGCUGAAAAACCUGUUCCUGUUCUCUGCUACUUAUAUCCUGAAUCCAUUACGGAACUCAGUACUUCGCCGCAUACGCGACAAUAUGUUUACCAAAAUGCUCUCCCUGCCGAUUGGCUUCUUUACGGAAGAGCGCAAGGGAGAUCUGAUCUCACGCAUGACCAAUGAUGUGAACGAGGUGGAGCUGUCCAUUAUGGCUACGCUGGAAGUAUUUAUCCGUGAGCCAUUGGCUAUUAUUUUCACCCUUGGCUUUAUGCUGGCCAUCAGUGUCAAGCUAACGCUGGCCAUGCUUAUUUUCCUGCCGGUUGCCGGAUUGGUUAUCGGGCGCAUCGGGCGUUCCCUGCGCAAAUCAUCCAAUGUGGUGCAGCAGAAUAUGGGGCUGAUGCUGGGUGUGAUUGAUGAAACGCUGAUCGGUAUGCGGAUCGUAAAGGCUUUUAAUGCCGAGAAGAACCAGCACCUCCGCUACAUGGAAUUGAACAAUACCGAUUUCCGUUUGCGCAAUAAAAUAGCCACCCGCCGUGAGCUGGCCUCGCCUACUUCUGAGACCAUGGGUGUGAUCGUGGACCCGAUCCUUUUUAAUGACACGAUCUUCAAUAAUAUUAAACUGGGUACCGGCGGCGCCACUAAAGAACGGGUGAUAGAAGCCGCUACCAUUGCUCACUCCGAACGCUUUAUUGCCAAUAAACCAGAUGGUUAUGAAACCGUAGUUGGCGACCGGGGCAGCAGGCUGAGCGGCGGUGAGCGCCAGCGUAUCACCAUUGCACGUGCCGUAUUAAAAAAUCCACCCAUCCUGAUCCUUGAUGAAGCCACGUCUUCGUUGGAUACGGAAAGCGAACGCAUUGUGCAGGAAGCCAUUAAUAAGCUGAUGCAAAACCGCACCUGCGUGGUCAUUGCACACCGCCUCUCUACCGUACAACAUGCUGAUGAGAUCAUCGUGAUGGAUGCAGGGAGUAUUGUGGAACGCGGCAAUCACCAUUCAUUGCUGGCAGCCGGCGGUAUCUAUACCAAGCUGGUGGAGAUGCAGCAGGUGAAGUAA